CCUAACCGAGUCUACCUCGAGCCUCGCCAACACCCAGACGGCAGAGAACUCCCUGGACUCUCGAAGGACUGGCCUUUUCUCUGCUGCACUACUAGCUUCACUCUCUACCUGCUUCCUGGCGUCGUCAACGAGUCUGCCUCCAGUGUUGGUAAGGUCACAACGCCUACUCUAAGCAGAACUAAAGCAGCCACUGGGAGAUCUACCUACCAUAAGAGGGCCUCAACAUCUACUGAAAAGGGCAACGAGGCCAUUAACACUAAACAGGACCAAAGAAGCUACUUCCGGAUGGUAAAGUGUUACAACUGUGGGGAAGGUCAUGUGAGGUCUAAGUGUCCAAAGAAUCUCGGAGCCUUUAAAGAACCACAGGACAAAUACAAGGUAGGAUUUUGUAUGGAUGAACGGGUCUCCCAGAUUAUGCAGUUCCCGGCACGAUCAACGGCUCCUGGGCUACUACUAUUGUCAGACACCGGCUGCAACUGCGUGAUCGUCUCUGAGAAGGUAGUGCCUGAUGUUGACGUCUCUCAGCGACCUAAGGUGGUAGUAGAGGAUUAUCUUGGAUGGGUAGAUAUUUUUCCAACCAUUAGGUGUUAUAUAAGAUGUCCAUAUUUCGAGGGUUGGAUUGAUAGUCUCAUGAAUAGCAAAGCACCAUCCUCCUCGCUCCGAACCUCAGUCGGUGAUUUGGCUAUGCUUCAGUCUUCUCUGCCCACUGCCUCCUCUUUUCCUCCAGCCUCAGAAGAGGAGCCGCCGUUAAUGCGAGUAUAUGCUGUAGAAACCUGUAAUUGCAGAAUGAAGCGUGUUCAUCCUCUAGUUCGCCAGAAUUGCAACCCUUGGACGUGACUCCGGAGGAUUUCGCUCUUCUUCAAGAAGUGUCUGUCUCUUGGAAACCGUAGGAACAAAGUCCUUAAGAACAAAGUAACGCGGGUGAAGAGGAGCGGACAAAGGACCGCUCUACGUUGUUACCUUCGCUGUACCGGACUUCAAUUCCAGAAGUGUUUGACCUCGAAACAUCCAGCAAAGGUUGGUAAGCUCACCUUGUUCCUAAGGAUUGUCGACCAAUGAUCCUGUCUGUUGGUCAUGAAAACCCUUUAGCAGGUUAUUUCUCUCACAGAAAGAUCUUCUUGAAGGUAUCCAGCCACUUCUGGCCUGGGAUGGGCGCGGAUAUUAAUCGACUUCUGUCGGUCCUGUGACGUCUGUCAACGAAUGUCUGCCAAAGGUCAAGUCCGACUAGCACUUCUCCAUCCUCUUCCAAUUAUAACAGAACCUUCCAGAGUGGCUGUCGAUUUGGUUAAACCACUGUCUCUCCCAUCCUCGGGUACAUCCUCACUUUGAUCGACUACGCCACUGGGUUCCCAGAAGCCGUGCCACUGAAGGAAAUAGACUCGAUCUCCGUUGCUGAGGCCUUACUCCAUCUUUGCUAGAGUCGGUAUACCAUGAGUAUUCUCCAUUCUCAAGUUUGAUUUUUACUUCAGAGGGAAAGAAUUUAUUUUGUAAACGGAUCACAAACCCCUCACCUAUAUGCACACCUUCAAAGGCAAGAAUGAUCGCCUUCUCAGAUGGAGUCUAGGACUGCAACCAUACAGAUUCAGGGUCGUUCAUGUUGCUGGAGCUGACAAUCUUUGUGCAGACCUCCUCAGUCGAGUUUAGAUAUUUUCUUCUAUCCUUUCUUUUCUCCAGAAGGCAUCGCAUUCCCUAGGAGUGAUGUUCUACAAGGCUACCGUGGCUAGUCUCUUGGAGGGGAGUUGUGUAAAGGGCAGAACACCACCUGGCCAUCACCCCUCGUUCUGGAUCGUUCGGCCACUCCCGAGCGACACUUCGCUCAUUUCUCUCUGCCACGUAUGUCUCGAGAACCCUGGUUCCUCCGGUCACUCCGUCUCGAGGCCCCAGUGAACACCUAACCGAAUCUACCUAGAGCCUCGCCAACACCCAGACGGCAGAGCACUCUCUGAACUCUCCAAGGACUGGCCUCUCUUCUGCUGCCCUGGCUUCACCCUCUACCUGCUUCCCGGCGCCGUCAACGAGUCUGCCUCCAGUGUUGGUGAGAUUAGUGUUCCUCUGGCCCUCCCUCGCUCUGGAGGGAGACUCAUGGUGAGAGCCGGGUGGUGCGUAAGGUGUCCCUUUUGUUAUAUUGUGUAUACCUAUGUGUUUUUGCAGGUCUAGUAAACUUGGAACCAUU